GCUUCUGUUAUAUGGAGCACUCUAGCCACAAUGAAGGGCAUCUUAAUUUUUCUUACCUAUCUUUUCUCUCUACUUUUUCAUCUCUCUCUAGAGGUGCUCCCCUCGAAGUGAUUUAUCCGUAUUUGUGAUUUUUCCUUCAAGAUCUGGUGUUUAACAAUCAACAAGGAGAAUUUAUACAGCGAGGGAAGGGAGAACAAAUCCUAUGCAGAUUAGGAAUACAAAGCUUCGUUGGAAACCUUUUCCACAAGUUUCUGGGAUUUCUUGUUUUCAGAACAAAAGUUCAUACAUAUUAUAGUCUUGGGCUCAUUUGGGCUUGUUGAAGCCUAACUGAUUUUGCGCGCCGGACUUCCAAAGAGAGGGAGUUUCGUCGACUCUACCGUCACCGCCAGGUAAUCCCUACUCCCAAACUCAAAAACCCAAGGCGUACAAAUUCUAUGACUUCUCCCAAACACCCAACGGAUACAGCCACCGCCAUUACGGUGCAACCGUCAUCGCCGAGAUUCCCGAUCAGCGGAACCUCCAACCCCGGUGACCAACGCAAGAUCGGGAUAGCCGUCGAUCUUAGCGACGAAAGCGCCUUUGCCGUCAAAUGGGCCGUCCAUAACUAUCUGCGUCCCGGUGACUCCGUCAUCCUCAUCCACGUCCGACCCACCAGUGUCCUCUAUGGCGCCGACUGGGGUGCCAUCGACCUCUCCCUCCACGACGAGCUUUCCCAGCUGAAGCUCGAGCACGACUUCGACGCCUUCACCGUCACCAAAGCCAACGACCUCGCCCAGCCACUCGCUCAUGCCCAAAUCCACUUCAAGAUUCACAUCGUCAAGGACCACGACAUGAAGGAGCGCCUCUGUCUCGAGGUCGAGCGCCUCGGCCUCAGCACCGUCAUCAUGGGUAGCCGAGGUUUCGGAGCCUCACGCCGCGCCACAAAGAGCAGGCUCGGUAGUGUCAGCGAUUAUUGCGUGCACCACUGCGUCUGUCCCGUCGUCGUUGUACGGUUCCCGGACGAGAAGGAUGGGGCCGAGACAAAUCACGGUCUAGUAGCAAAGGCCUGUGUGGAGGAUAAGCCGGAGUACCAUAAUGCAUUGGAUAAGCAAACUGGUGUGGACGAAGCCUCAUGAAUAGAUGGUGUUCCUCGAAAGAUGUUUGACUGUUGAAACUUGAAAUACUCCUGCUUGGUGUGUAGUCUUUGUCUUGUGAACAAGUUUGGUACUGGUGUCCCCUUUUACACCUUUAUCACUGCCUUCUAAUAUCUAUGAAGUUUGGAAUGAAGCAUGACGAACGACCCUUAUUUUUUUUUUUUUUAAUUCUAAGCUUUUAGGUCUUCCAGAAUGAUAGGCUGCACUCUGUUCUUGUUAUAUAGAAGUUUCCUUCUGGAACCCUUUUGCUGGUUACCACAUGCUUUCAGUUUUACAACAUCAAGAAGAAAAUAUAAUUUUGAUAUGGCUAUUUCUAUA